UGAAGCGCAGUGCGGAUGAGAUGAUGAUGAUAGCGACAGCGCCUCCUUACGAGGAGGGAGCGGGGCCGCAUGGGGGACAGCAGCAGCAGGGGCAUGCGGCAGGGGGGGCUGCAGGGGCCCCUGCUCCCCUGAGCAAGAAGGCGCAGAAGCGAGAGGCCCUGUCGCGACCCAUUGAGAUCGGGCCCGUGGUGGUACGGCAGCCGGCUUCGGAGGAGGAGCGGCAGGAGGUGGCCAGGUGGGUCGCCGACCGCAAGCGCCACUACCCCAGCGCCGCCAACGUGGCCCGGCGGGAGGCGGAGGCGGCUGCCCGGGCGCAUGCGGGUGGGCUGGACCCCAGCGCGGAGGCGGCGCGGGCGGAGCGGCGGAGGCUGCUGCGGGAGGUGCUGGAGAAGCAGCGGGCCAUGGGGCUGGACAGGGCGGCUGGGACAUCGGACAUGCAACUGCCUGAAGAGGGCGGCGGUGGCGGUGGCGGCGGCGGGAGGUACGGCAGCGGAGGCGGGAGGUACGGCGGGAGGUACGGCGGGAGGUACGGCGGACAGGGGGCUGGCGGCGGCAUGCGGGGCAGGGGCGGUCGCUUCGGCGGCCGUCAUGCGCAGUGGCAAGAGUACGGCGGAGAGGGCGCGGAGCCCACUGCUGACGGCGCCGGCGACGAUGGCGCCGCCUCCGCCACCGCUGCGGACGGUGGUGAUGCGCAGGGUCAGCGGCCAUCAGCGGAUGCCGCGGCGGGGACUGACGGCGCCGGCGAUGGUAACGGAGGCGGCGAGGGCUCUGCAGCGGCGGAUGGCGGCGGGUACGGCGGAUGGGGUCGAGGCCGGGGUCGCGGCAGGGGCCGGGGGCCCCGGGGCGGAGGCAGGGGCUGGGAUGACGGCGCCCGCGGUCGCGGCAGGGGUCGCGGCGGACGCGGCGGGUACGGCUCCUCGUCGUACGGUCCUGACGGCGGCGGCGGCGGGUACUACAACAGUGGAGGGAGAGGUGGUGCUGGCGAGGGGGGUCGGGGGCGCCUGGGUGCCGGCGAGGGCGGUCGCGGGCGGGGUCGAGCAGGCUUCGUGCCCCGCCCGCGCCCUCCCAGCCUGCUGGAGAAGCUGCUGCAGAAGGAGCUGCGGCAGGAGCGGAGCUGGCUGCUGCAGGCCAUCCGCUUCAUUGUGCGUAACGACUUCCUGCAACCGCCAACGACCCAACAACCGACGUCAGGCGACGCACAUGCAGCUGCAGACGCCGCCGGCGGCUCCGCCGCCUCUCCCUCGGCCCCUGUACGGCAGCAGCAGCUCUGGUUUCCCCCCGGGAUGCCCGAGGCUCCGCUUGACCCCAAGGAGUUGCUGAGGUUGCAGCUGGCAGCAGCGGCGGCCUCUGCGGCUGGCGGGGAGGCAGCGGAAGAGGAGGAGGAGGAGGGACUGGGGUUGGAGGUGGAGGCGGAGCGGGG